AUGAUGUCGUGUAACGGGCCCUCGCGUUUCGCCGCGGACGUGCCUCGCACCCCCGAGGCGCAAACUGCAUACGAAUCCAGUACGCCCGAAACCCCGGAUAUCAACAUGCCAGGGAAAACUGAAUUGUCGGACUUUGAAAAGCAGCGUUUGGCAAACAUUGCUGAGCGUGAUGCGCUGUUAAAGAAACUUACCCUCGAAUCGCAAUCUUCCGGGCUCUUUGCAAGCCCUAAGACUCCGGGCACCAAUGGCGCAAAGCCGAAAAAGCGCCCGGCUCCUAAAGCUAAAGUGAAGGUCGAGGAAGUGACCACACCUCGACGGACAUCGUCGCGCCUCAAAGGCAUUGCGGCCGAAAGUGAAGUAGCGAAGCGCAAGGCCGACGAUGAGUAUGAGGCGAUGCGCGAAGCGGAUAGAAUCAAGAGGAUGCGCCGGACAGACUCGUUCAGUCAGGCGGACAUGUUUGUGUCGGGCCAAAAGCUUAGUGCAGAUAGCCUGAUCAGCGUGGAUGUCAUCACCAAGGGUGUUGCAAAGCCCUAUGAAAGGACUUUCGGGGACGACGAAAUCGAGAAGACGACAGACAAAGAACUGAAGACUCUUCGGGAGGAGAUGAAUGGGCUUCAAUUGUGGGAAUCUUGGGAUCCUCAGCGGAUCAAGAUCACCCCCGAACGUGUCUAUAGCAUGGUGUUCCACCCGUCCGAAUCCAAACCUCUUAUAUUCGCGGGCGACAAAUUGGGUCAUCUGGGUAUGUUGGAUGCUUCGCAGGAAAAGCCCACAGCGGACGAAGACGACGACGAAGAUGAGGACGACCCAGAUCCAGUCCUCACGACACUCAAACCCCAUACCCGGACCAUCAGCGCAAUGAUGGUUAAUCCCUCAAAGCCAACACAUUUGUACACGGCAAGCUAUGAUAGCUCUAUUCGAUCGCUGGACUUGGAGAAAAUGGUCUCUUCAGAGACCUAUGCUCCCGAGUCGACGAAUAUCGAUGAGGCCCUUUCCGGAGUUGAUAUGGCCCCCGAUGAUCCUAAUACCUUGUACUGGACUACACUUCAAGGUGGAUUCGGGCGAUAUGAUACGCGCACUCCACGGGAAGAUAAUAAUGUGUCAAGCUGGGAUCUAUCGGAGAAGAAGAUCGGGGGCUUCACACUGUGUCCCUCCCAGUCCUACUACUUCGCCACGGCAAGUCUGGAUCGAUUCCUGAGAUUAUGGGAUCUGCGCAAGUUGUCACCUGACACUCCAACUCCUGUUGCCGAGCAUGAAAGCCGGCUCUCGGUUUCCCAUGCAGCUUUCAAUGCGGCUGGACAAAUUGCUACUUCUUCCUACGACGAUACAUUGAAGAUAUACGACGUGGGUGCCAAAGGGUUCUCUUCGUGGAAACAAGGCCACAGGCUUUCAGAGAAGGAGUUUACUCCAGACACAGUGGUCCGACACAACUGCCAGACUGGCCGCUGGGUGACUAUUCUCCGCCCCCAAUGGCAACUUAAUCCGCAAUCUUCCAUCCAACGCUUUUGCAUCGGCAAUAUGAACCGUUUUGUCGAUGUGUACACUAGCAGUGGCGACCAGCUUGCGCAGCUCGGCGGUGAUGGAAUCACCGCUGUUCCUGCUGUGGCUGUAUUCCACCGUAGCAAGAACUGGGUUGCUGGUGGUACCGCUAGCGGUAAGCUCUGCUUAUGGAAGUGA